GCAGAGAGCUGCACGCUCUCUAGACCCUUCAGGCCUCUUUGGGGCUCUUGUUGAAGGAGAGGGUGAGUGGAGUCGCGCGCAGGUGCGGUGGUGAAAGCGUUCGGUCGUUAAAUGGCCGGAUCGAAACAGAAGCGUUGAAGUCAAGCGACUUCUGAUCAAAACAGAAGCCUCGACCCGAAAGGCCUUUGGAUUGGAAAAAGAAGUCUUGCGAAGAAUGGACUUGGGGACUUCGGAUCGAACCACAAGUUGUGAACUGAAAGGAGGUCGGAUAGACACAGACCUGCUGACCGCGAUGGGCAUGAGGUAAUAAUUGGAUACUCGAUGCUCGAGGAGAUGUUAGAUCGGCGGCGGAGGAGAAGAAGGGGUGUUCAAAUUGGUGGUGGUUGGUUGGAUGGAAACCCAGAGGGCAGGUCGCCGAGGGGCGAGUGCGGAAUGACAGUAGAAGUGAGUGUAAAGCAGGAAGGGGGAAGGAACUUGUGCUUCGGCGGGGAUGUCGCCUUUAUGAUCUUCAGUUACGCCUCCCGAGCCGGCGGCCUCAGAGGUGUGAGCCUUGGAGAGUAACCCGGAAUCACACUGUGGCACCAUGUUUCAAAAUUACGCUAUUUCAUCUUGGUUCGCGGCACCAGUAUUGCCACUGUAGUAUGUUGGUGAGGUGCACACUGGACACCCAUGACGACCGCACUCAGUCGAUGCUUCCUUGUUCCAUUUUCCAGUAUGUGAACAGCACGGCGAAACGCGGGCAGGUACGGGAGCGAAAUCAUACCAUUUGACUGUAGUGCAUUUGUUUGUUUUGUGGGGAUGGAGGGAGAACCCAAGUGAUUUGUGAUGUUCUUUGCUGUGUGCAUGUCUGUGCGCACACGUGUGUGUGUGUGUGUUGGGGGGGGGGAGCAAGAGAGGAAGGAGUAGGUAGUUAGACAAAGGUCGUGGUAAGAGAGAGAGAGAGAGAGAGAGAGAGAGAGAGAGAGAGAGAGAGAUUCUAAUAUUGGUGCUCCAACCAGGGAGGAUAAAGUUUGAGGUCUUUGUACAUUGAGUGGUACAGGAAACUCAUCAGCUCGAGAGAGAAAGGACUAGAUUCAUUGCACCUGACAGGGAAUAGCUGUUGAAUGUAGAGACUAUAAUGUGCUUGGUAAUGCAAUGGAGUCUCAAGAGAAACUGAUGAAAAGAGCAGCAGCAAUCAUUUCUCUUAUGGCAAGAUUUCUCCUCUGGUGUGGUCUUCUGCUUCAAGACCCCGUGGACGGCGACAGAGUUUUAUGGUGGAUUAUCUUGGUUGCACCACAGACUGACAUUGAGAUGAGAUGGCAGCUGUGAGAAUAAGACUACGGGGAUGAUGAUGCAUUUGAGAGAGAGAGGGAGAGAGAGGAGAGAAGCUAGUGAGGAUGGAGUUUCGACUCGGACUCGGGGGUGAAAGAUUCCUGCUCAAAAAGGUGCAUUUGGCUGGCGCGUGAUUAGUAUAGGCACUAGGCAAAUAGGUAUAUAUAUUUAUUGCUGAAUGCUUGUUUGUUUUUCUUUCCUUGUUCUUGAGCCGUUGAACCUUUGCUGGGGAGUAUGACCGACUGGUCAGGUGCAAUGAAUCUAUGAAAGGUUUGUCUGUGAUUGCAAUUGCUUUCACUGCCAUUCAGGUUAAACUGUUAAGCCUUUGCUCUUUCSCCCCCCCCCCCCCCCUUUUUUUGCUCUUUUUCCCCCCCCCGUUUUUUGCUCUUUUUUUCUCCCUUUCUCAUUUGUCCGUUCAGACGUUUUAUCUCAUCAGUCGAUGGCCUGAACGCACCAUCCCAUCCUUUGCAUUCCUAUUUGUCAGUUCUUGCUGGUGCAGGCUUGAUCCAUGGAUGUGAAUGGCGCGGACGCGUUGUGAACCUGAGCCCCAUCCGGUCCUUCGUCACUGAGCUAUCUCACAUGCCGGCGGCACACACGUCAGACGAAGCAGUCUGUUCGGCACAGUCAUGCUUUUCUUGAGUGUACAGCGAAUAUGACAAAACACACACGCACACACACACACACACACACACACACACACACACACACACACACACACACACACCUGGAGCGACUACGCCGGCCUUUCCAUUUCGGUUCAGUUCUUUCGCCAUCAUAGGCUUGCUCCUUGUGGACAUAAAUGGCUCUUUCUGCAACGCAUUCCCGACCUGCCUAAUUCCAAUCGAAUUCUUUGCCGGUGCCUACUCUCUCCUCCGUCAACGUAUUGCUGCUAUGCUACGGUAGUUGUUCUUGUGCUAAUUCGGGCGGGGCCUCGUCGUCAACUUGGAUGGACGAGGAUAUUUUCAUGGUACACAUAUUCGAUGGUUGUUUUAAAUGUUUCUCAGUUGUGGUAUUUUAGUGUGUUGAACGGUCGAACUCGCAGAGAGGCGAUACGCUUCUCUCUGUUGCUUGCUUUCGUACCUGGACGACUUCAGACUCGCGGCAAUUACACCACUAACAGCGAACCACCACCUGGCCAGAUGACCGUAAGUGGCGGUUUCAAACCUCUGUAGCCUCCGGUAUUUUGGUACUCUGAACAUUUAUUGAGAUUUGUUGAACGUAUAUGGCGGACGGG